AUGGUACUAUCUUCAAGUGGUGUUCUGCGAAGGAGCCCUGCCUCAAGCUGUACUCUUCCGUUACGCCGUGCUCUUGAUCCGGUACCCUAUUCACCGACACGUAGCUCCUCUGGAAAUCUGGCCGUGCGCCCAUUUUCGCUUGACUCAAAUGCCCUAAAUCAUUUGUCUUCUACCCUUCUUCUACUUCUGCCAUCUGAAGGCCCUUCAUCCAGACUUCCUAGCGAGAGCGAAUUCGAACCUGUUCAUAGUCCAGCGACUCCAGCCAGCUGCACCACAUCCGAAUACUGUCAGGAAAAAGUCUCAGGAGAAACUUCAAUACGCAAACAUCCUAGAAGAAAAGUGGCAACGCCUGCAGACAGCGCUGCAAGCACAAGCAUCGGUUACAGUGGCAGCAGCAAUUGCAGUACUGGGCCGAUAGACCAUAUCGGUUCAUCCAACGACUUACUCGGCCAAACCAUUUGUCAAGCGAGCGCUGAACAUUUUGAAAAACUGUCCCAUCGGGGCUCCGAUGGCGUGCUAGCAACAGACAGUUUGCCACCGCCGGCUGCCUUGCAGCGUGAGCUCGAAAUUAGUCUGACCAUACCGGAUAGUUUAAACUUGGCCAUUAAACAGCAAGAUACAGUGAGUGCUCUGAUACUAUUCUUGUAUAAUUGCUCUAUUUUUAUUGUCGCAUUUCAUGACCUUUUUUAUUCAUGUUGCAAUAUAAUUGCCUUUGAAAUGAAGCACUCUGAUUUAAGCAUAUCUCCGAAUCGCACUCAUUGUAGUAAGAAUAUAUUUUACUUAUUCCCCUGCUAUAUUUUAGUUCCUAAAAGAAGCAAAUAA